CAGGAAGGAGAGAGGGAGGGAGGGAGGGAGAUCUGCGGGGGCGACGCGUCGCGGUUUUCCGGCGGCAAGGUUCGAUUUUGAUCCCAGCCCACCCCGGAUUCCCCGCCCCGGUUCGUCCUUGCCCUGCCCAACUCGCGCCGCUUCCACUCGAGUGCUCCAACAAGAUCCCGAUUUCCGUUGCAGUUGCGGAGUCCCAGUUCCAGUCGUCGUUAGCGCCGGUUCCUGGCCGCGCGCUCCCUGAUUCGGAAGUUGCUGGAGCGGAGGGGGACUUCCUCCUGCUCCCGAGUGUCUGCCUUCUGAUUUGGAUCUGCGGAGGAGCCCGGAUUGGCGCUCCAAUUCGGGGAGCAAUGAGGGCCUGAUGCGGGAGAAAGUCUCUUCAAGUCGUCGUCUUGAUUCUCUUGGAGUAGGGUUUCCUGCCGGGAUCCUUGUCCCAUGGGAUGCGUCAGUUCGAAGCAAUUCCAUGGCGGCGACGAGUGUGGCGGCGAGGGGAAGCCUCGCCGCCGCCCAUCCAGCAACUCGCUGAGGCGUCUGGUUAGUUACAACUCCAGCAAGAGGCACGAGGACUUGGAGGAGGAUGAAGAAGAAGGGGGAGUUGUGGCAGCCACGUCCUCCAGCGUCGGGCACCGUGUUGCCAAAGAUGCCAGCACGGCCAGGCUGAUUCGGAAGCCCCCUGCGCCCGUGGUCGAUGCAGUGGUGCCGCUGCCAGAGGAAGUGGCCGCAACUGCCGCUAGCGUCGUUGAUGUGGAGAGGGCGGUUGCUGCCCCUGUGAAUCGCAGGCGUGCUCCGAAUGGCAUGGCAGAGCAAGAACCAAGGAGUGGUGGCAUCAGGGGUGAGGUGAAGCCAAGGAUCAUAGAUGUGCCGAAUGGAGUGGUGGGGGAGCAUGUGGCGGCUGGCUGGCCAAGGUGGCUCACGGAGGUGGCAACAGAGGCGGUCCGUGGGUGGCAGCCUCGCAAGGCAGAGUCCUUCGAGAAGUUGGACAAGAUAGGGCAAGGUACCUACAGCAGCGUUUACAAAGCACGCGAUCUUGAGAAUGGAAAAAUUGUGGCACUUAAGAAAGUUCGAUUUGCCAACAUGGAUCCUGAGAGUGUUCGAUUUAUGGCGAGGGAAAUUCACAUCUUAAGAAGACUUGAUAAUCCAAAUGUUAUUAAGCUCGAAGGUUUGGUGACAUCACGCAUGUCUAGUAGCUUGUAUCUCGUGUUCGAAUACAUGGAGCAUGAUCUUGCGGGACUUGCUGCUACACCUGGCAUAAAAUUCACAGAGGCUCAGGUCAAGUGUUACAUGCACCAGCUACUGUCUGGACUUGGUCACUGUCAUAGUCGUGGUGUUUUGCAUCGGGAUAUAAAGGGUGCUAAUCUUCUGCUUGACAAUAAUGGUGCCCUCAAAAUAGCAGAUUUUGGUCUAGCUACAUUCUUUAAUCCGAACCAAAAGCAGAAUUUGACAAGUCGUGUUGUAACUUUAUGGUACCGCCCCCCGGAACUUUUGCUGGGUGCUACUAACUAUGGUGCCACUGUUGAUCUCUGGAGUGCUGGUUGCAUCCUUGCGGAAUUGUUGUCAGGGAAGCCUAUCAUGCCAGGACGAACUGAGGUGGAACAAUUGCACAAAAUAUUCAAGCUUUGUGGUUCACCAUCAGAGGAGUUCUGGGCUAAUUUGAAGUUAUCGCGUGCUACAAUCUUCAAACCACAACAUCCGUAUCGUCGUUGUGUGAGUGAUGUAUAUAAGGACUUCCCUCCUUCAGCUUUGGCACUUCUGGACCGUUUACUUGCUGUAGAACCUGAUAAUAGGGGUACUGCGGCUUCUGCCCUUGAAAGUGAAUUCUUUACAACGAAGCCUUAUGCUUGUGAUCCAUCAAGUCUGCCGAAAUAUCCUCCAAGUAAGGAAUAUGACGCUAAGCUUCGAGAUGAAGAAGCUAGGAGGCAAAGAGCAGCUGCAGCCAAAGGACAUGAAUCUGAAACUGGACGCAGGAAACAACUUGCAGCACAAAAUGGCACUAUCGAUUUACAGCAACGGCGAGUUCCGGUUAAUCCUAAAAGCAGUAGUAAUAAGUUUACUCCAAAGGAGGAUGCUGUUACCGGCUUUCCAAUGGAUCCUCUGGUAGUAGACAAUGGUCAUGUUCGCCGUGUUCCUUUGAUGAAUGCUGGUCGUUCAUCCUCCACUUUGGGUCGAUCAAGUGGCACAGAUCCAAAUGCCCAGAGAUUCUACACCUCUCAGAUUGCUGCUGCCGAGAUGUCUAACCCAUCUGCUGCAACUGGGCAGCGAGGCAAUACUGGUAAGCUGUCUAACCUUGGGGACAGCGCCAGGAAACAGUAUUUAAGAGAGCAUCGGUCGAGUUCAAGAUACAGCCAACUCGCUGCUGCCGACCAGUCUGACAAACCCAAAUGGUCGCAAUCGCAUCAAUUCCAAGAAAGACCGUCAUCUUCCCAUCGGAAGGAUGAAGUGGUGGCAGAUAAGGAGCCUACAGGGGUGAAUGGCACGAGGAAGAACCGAAUCCAGUACUCAGGACCAUUGAUGCCUCCCGGGGUAAACAUGGAGGAGAUCCUUAAAGAGCACGAGCGGCAGAUCCAACAAGCCGUGCGAAGGGCUCGUCUGGACAAGGGAAAGGGCAAGCACGCCGAGAGAGACCAGUCGGAGUCGCUGCUCUACGCUGCCCAUAAUGGCAGGAUCGCCUCCUUCUACAUAGCCGUCGGCGACCUCCCGGCCGCGCGUUCCGCCGUCGAGCAGGCGGCUCGGAAGGCGCGAGCUUUCCCCUGGAACCUGCUCAUAUGGAGCUACGCCGGCGACAGGCUGUGGAAAGACGUGGUCAUGGCGUAUGUCAGGAUGCUGGCGCUGGGCGUGGACACCGACAGGUACACGUAUCCGUCUCUGCUGCGCGCUUGCGGCGAGCUCGGAGAGCUCACCAUUGGCCGCAAGAUUGACCACCGUAUUCGGAGGAGUAGAUAUGAUCUGGACAUGUAUGUCUGGAACGCUUUGGUCGGGAUGUAUGUCAAGUGCGGGGAGCUUGAGGAUGCGCAGAGGGUGUUUGAUGAAAUGUCUGUCAGGGAUGUUGUCAGCUGGAACACAAUGGUGUCUGGCUAUGCAUCGGCGGGGAUGUGGGCCGAGGCGUUUCAGCUGCUUCAGCGGGUUCCUGGGGCUAACAUUGUGACGUGGAAUGCAGUUGCAGCAGGGAAUUUGAAGGCUGGGAACUAUGAUGAAGUGAUCAGGUUGUUGUCUCAGAUGAGGAAUCGCCACGGGCCUGGGGUGGACUCUGUGAGCGUGCUGAUUGCCCUGAAAGCGUGUGCUAAGAGUGGGUAUCUGAGGAUUGGCAGGGAGUUGCAUGGGGUGUCUGUUCGUCUAUACUUUGACAGGCUCGAGUGUGUGGUAAACUCGUUGAUAACAAUGUAUUCAAGAUGCAGGAUGAUGAGCUCUGCUGUACUUCUGUUUACAAUGUGCUCAAUUCAAAGCAUCACGGCUUGGAAUUCAUUGUUAGCAGGAUUUGCAUUCAUGGACCAGGUUGAGGAAGCUUCUUUGCUCUUCAGAGAGAUGAUUGGCUCAGGUGUCUGUCCAAAUGAUGUUACUGUCUUGACAAUGCUCUCCCUUGUUGCACGGUUUGGACACCUCUGUCAUGGAAGGGAGCUGCACUGCUACAUCCUUAGACAUGGAUUGGGUGGUUCUAAAUUAUUGCAAAACUCACUUGUCGACAUGUACUCAAAGUCUAGACACAUGAGAGCUUCACGGAUAGUAUUUGGUCAGAUGGAAUGUCGAGACAAGCAUGCCUACACUUCAUUGAUUUUGGGAUAUGGAAUGCAAAGAGAGGGCCAUCUAUCACUGAAGCUCUUUGAUGAAAUGAUCGCCAACAGUAUAGAGCCCGACCAUGUAACCAUGGUUGCUGUUCUUUCAGCAUGUAGCUACUCUGGACUGGUCACUCAAGGGCAGCUACUAUUUGCCAAGAUGUUUGCUGUGUUUGGUAUUGCACCAAGAGUGGAGCAUUUUUCUUGCAUGGUUGAUUUGUACAGCCGUGAAGGUUUGCUGAAGGUGUCCGAGGAGAUAAUUGACAAGAUGCCGUUCCAGCCAACUGCUGCAAUGUUAGCGACUCUUAUUGAGGCUUGCCUGAUCCAUGGUAAUACAGAAAUUGGCAAACGAACUGCAAAGAAGUUGCUGGCAAUGAGGACAAACAAUCCUGGUCACUACAAAUUGAUCUCAAACACGUAUAUAUCAGCAAAAUGUUGGCCAGAGCUAGCUAAAGUUAGAUCAUUGAUGAGUAUGAUGGAUUUAACUAUGGUUCCAAGCCAUUCCUUGCUAGAAUCAGAAUAUGACAUAUGCCUAGUUGAGCAAGAUGAUGGCUUAAAUGAUGGUGCACAUUGUGACUUGUCUGACCGCAUAACGGAUACUGAUUCGUCUAGUAGUGAGGAGGCGAAAAGCAGUGAAGCUUUCGGUGGAUAAUGGUUGGUUCUUCUUGGACCAUCUUCCUGUUAAGGCCAAGGUUUCCAGAGCUUGAAACUCCACAAUGACUGUAUAUUUGGAGUUUUAGUGGACUCCCUUAUUUGGGGAGUGAUCUGCAAAGAAGCUGAUGACAAUGAGGACAAACAAUACCGAUCACUAAAAAUUGACCUCAAACACUUUCACAUUAGCAAACCUUUUGCCAGAGCCAUCUAAAAUUAGAGCAUUAAUCAGUAUGUUGAAGCCAAUUAUGGCCCCAAGUCAUUCCUUGCUAGAACCGGAAUAUGAUAUAUGCCUAGCUGAGCAAGAUGAUUGCUUAAGCAUGGUAUGCAUCGUGGCUUGUUUGACCACAUGACAGGUACUGAUCCCUCUAUUAGAGAGGAAAUGAAGUGCAGUGAAGCUUUUGGUGGAUGCUUUUCUCAGACCUUGUUAACUUAAAGAUUUUGCGAUAGUAUGGUUUCUUCAUAGGCUCCAGUUUCCCUAGAAGUAAUGUCAUGAACUGUAAGCCAUGCGGUGAUUUAAGAGUUGGUGAAGCUGUAAAGUGUAUUAUAUAUGGGAAGGAGGCUUCCAGCCUAUGAUGGUCGGAAGAGCGUAUACAUGGCUGAUCCAUUGUCAUUUACUAAAGAAAAUAUCACAUCACUUGAUGAAGAUGAUGAUUCUGAUUUGGAGAGGUCUGCCCUUGAGACUUGCACACCAACAUCAUUUGAUGGGUAGGGAGAAGCAUAAUGGUACUGAUGGUCUUUUCUAUGGUCUAGGAGUCAGCGAACUGCGAAGGCAGUGAUUAAGUUCGCUGCAACAGCUGAUCUGCACCGUCUUGAGCAAAUUUUAGCUGGAGGAGGUAGAGGAUCAAGAAGCCUUGGAAGGUCUUGAUAUUGUCCUGCAUUAGCUGCCAGCAGCAAGGCACACCCUGUUUGGUCGAUCCUUUUUCUUGCCUAACCUGGAGAGGAUACGAUCCUUUGGUGAAGGAUUAGAAAUCUGUGUGGGUUUAAUCAGAUCAUUCCGUCCUACUAAAAUAGGCCUCGUCAGUAUAUGCUGUAAAAAAUUGAAAGUUUCCCUUGGGCAUGUAUGUAUGCAAUACACUGUGAAGCCAGGGAGCCUGCAAUGAACUUGCUGCAUUUUCAUACGCACA